AUGAAUACGACUCGAUUAUUGACGUUUGUUACAUUGGGUUUGGUUUCGUUAACACUAAUAUUUGCUAUAACUGGUAUAGCGUCAACAUCAUGGUUAAAAAUUAGUUUAAAACCAUUAAGUUCAUUUGAAUUAGGUCUAUUUAAACGGUGCGUUAUCGAUACGGUAUGUAUAAAUGACCAUCAAACAACAUCAGCUAUUUUAUCGAUAUUUGGUCUGCUCUUCAUUAUUCUUGGAUUUACAAGUCUAUUAUCGUUAAUUCUAUUUACGAGUACGUUUAAACCAAUAUUUUAUCUUGUACCAAUCUUCCUGCUAUUUUUGGCUGCAUUAUUUAUCAUAUGUGGGGUGAUAGCAUUCUGGCCAAAUUUAGUGGAAAAAUCAAUCAAACAAUAUUUUAUCGUAGCACGUAGUAGUCUAGCUGAACUUGAAAUGCCGAUACCGGAGGAAUAUCGAAAUAUAGUUAAUGAUAUUCUAACAAAUUUUAAAAUAAAAAAUGGUUAUAGUCAGAAUUUAAUGAUAAUAACAUAUGUGUUUCUAUAUAUUGGAUCAUUGAUGACUGCAUUUGCUGCAGGAGGAAUAAUAUUAAGCGGUAGUGCAUAUCUGAAUUUCAAUACUUAG